CGUAUUUGUUUGCACAGUUUUUCAUGAUGCUACUUGACUUAAACUGAACUAAAGCAGUUGAUUCCCGCCUUCGAGUUCUCGAUGUAGCCUUUCCUUCUUCCAGUUAAGACUCAUGGCAGUCAGCUAGCCUUUCAUGAAACCUUGGUUCGACCAAAUUUGUAUACACACUUACCUAAAAUGACGACGCUUGUACAGAACCCCGCAACACUGGACGCGCGGGGCUUAAACUCGAGGGAAACAGGCGGUUCCCGCGAUGGCAAACGAACAUUUAAGGAAAAGCUACAUACCUUAAUUGCGGAGGCGGAGGCAGCAGAGGCUCAGGCGUUUCGCGAGUCGCAGCUUGCCGAUAAGAAGUCGCUUUGUGUGCAGCUUCUCGUGGAGGGCCGGCCGCAAGCGUUCGUCGACUUCUUCAGUUUGACGCAUGGCAGGCCAGCAGCGCCUCCGCCAAGCGAUGCAUCGCUUGAGUCGACGUCGGGGCAGGACGACGUGCCGCAGGAGGCACUUGGGUUGUUGCGCGUGGAGCUGCUAAAGGCGGACAACGCGCUGCGGUCUGGAGACACGCAGUCCGUGUACGCAGCAUAUAAGAACCUCGCAAAGUUCUUUGCUCAGAUAGGGCGAUUACGAAAAGCGGAGUUCUUCUUCCGGCGGUGCCUGCGGUUGUCACAAGACACACAGUGGCUCGCUGGCGAGCUGGAGGCCAACCUAGCCCUGGGUGUGGUGUACGAGGAGCUCCACGAAACGCAGGCCGCCAUAGAAUGCUACGAGCGCCGCCUCAGCCUGGCCAGCGAGCACCAGCUGGCGCUGGAGAAGGACACCGCCUACCAGAACCUCACCACCGUGUACCUGCGGCAGGCGGAGGCGCAGGAGGCGGCGGCGGAGGUGGAGGCGGCGAUAGGGUCGUACAACAAGUGCCUGUCCGCGGCGGAGCGCAGCGGGGAUAAUGCGACGGCGGCGAAGGCGAAUUACCGGAUAGGCAUGCUGUACCACGAGCAGAAGAAGCACCCCGAGGCCAUCCACUACCUGCGCCAGUUCAUCGCGCUGGGCGGCCACAUGCCCGACAAGUCCGCGGUGGGCACCGCCUACGCCGCCUUCUCCGCCUGCCUGAAGGACCUGGGCGACAAGGAGGCGGCUGUGCGCUGCUUGGAGGAGUACCUGCAGCUGGCGCGGGGCGGCGACCAGCACGGCACUGCGCUGGCGAGCUGCAGCCUGGGCAUCAUGCUGUAUGAGCAGGGAGAUCUGGAUCUGGCCGUGUCGUACUUUGAGAAGUUCUUUGAGACCGCCCGCACCCUCAACGACCGCCACAUGCUGGACACGGCGCGGGUCAACCUGGGGGUGGCCCGCGGCGCCCUGCGCAUGGGCGCCUGGAUGAACGUGGUAGCCACCAACCUGCCCAAGCUCAUUGCAUGGAAGAGCUCGCGAGUGCCCUUCACAGACCACUGAAAAGGAAAGAGAGGGGGGCUCCUCUUCAGCCGCGCGUUGUCAUGCGCGACUCUGCCUGGCGCUCCUGCCAUGCUGCCACCGGGCUCAUGGGAGUGGGGGGACGUCAGGGCGGCAGGCGCGGCGUCGUUUCCUACGUUGCCUGACGUAGCCAGGUCCCAGCUUUGCGGGGUGGGUUCGUACUUCGAGACGGAGGAGCUCAGUACGUGGUGUGUAGUAAACUCAUAAAGCUAAAGCAGGUAAAGGGGGAUGUACACAGAUGAGCUGCCGUACCAGCAGCGGUGCACGUCACUCGGGCGCAGCAGCUGUUUGUAGAACGGACCACCGGAUUCGUUGGGGGUGGUUGGCUGCGCUAGGGUAGUGUGUGAAUGGGGUGGCGCAUGGCAUGAGGCGGGUGGAGGUUUGUUGCGCAAGAGAGGCAGGAUUCGAGCCUAGCGCCGUUGCUUUAAUGCUGGCAGUGGGGAAGGCAGAGGGGGUGUUGGCCAGAUUUUGAAGGAACGGCAGGAGCCAUGGCAUGUGGCAUAUGACGCGAUGCUAUGCACGAGCGGCGGGGACGUGCACUCGCACUUUACUAUGGGGAGGAGUACAUGCGUAAAGUGACGCACAUAAUGAUAUCAACAGUGGACUGAGGGUAUUACCAACAAGGCGCAUCAUGGCGUUAGACACAGGUACAGCGAAACCAUGCGCGCCGACCCCGGAAGCAGGUAUACCGGUAUUAAUGUAACUUCGUAGCCACAGCUCACUCGCCGCCGACUCUGCGUCGUGUUGGGUCCUGUGGUGCUUGGGUGGUAGAGGAAGAGGACUUGGGACGGCGGUCAAAUGCAACAACUGUAAUCACAGUGUAAGGGUGCUGCAUGAA